UUUUCUUUAAAUUAGUCAUUUGUUGUCGGUAUCUUCUUCUUCACAGCAACAUUUCAUCCUUUUACAACCAAACCAAAACACCCAAAAUGGCCGACGGAGUUCUCUCUAACGUUGUCAGAGAUAUCAUUACCAAGCUGGGUUCUCGAGCCCUUCAUGAGAUCGGAUUGUGGUGGGGCGUCAAAGGUGAGCUUAAGAAACUUGAGGCCACAGUUUCUAGUAUUCGCAACGUUCUUCUGGAUGCUGAGGAGCAGCAGAAACUUAACCGUCAAGUGAAAGGCUGGCUUGAGAGGCUAGAAGAAGUUGUUUAUGAUGCUGAUGACUUGGUAGAUGACUUCGCCACAGAAGCUCUAAGGCGCCGAGUGAUGACUGGAAAUAGAAUGACAAAGGAGGUGUCAACUAGAAAUUUGGGUUGCAUACGAGCCACAGACCACAGUGAUCUAGAGCUGAUGGCGAAUAGUGAAUCCAAUUCCUUUCAUUUAUUUGUCAGAAUGCCGAAACGUAAACCUAUAAAAAUUCUUGUGAAAUCCAAUUUUGAAGUACAAUUUAUCCAGCAGAAAAUCCUGGUGAUCUCCAAAAUUCCAGUUACGCAACAGAAAUUAUAUUACAAAGGUGAGAAGCUAGAGUGGAAUAAGACGCUUGAAGACUGCUCAAUUCAAAACAAAGCUUGGCUCAAAUUGGUGGUUGAACUCGACGGCGAAUCGGAACUUUUUCAAAUGAUCCACCAAAUCAGUUCGACCAUUUGUCGAAUGUACCGAGAGAAAUCUGUCUCGCGGAUAGAUUACUGUCCACUAGCGCAUAAGAUGUUUGCACUGUUGGCACCUGAAAGAAACGAGCAAUCAGAGCUUCUUCUGAUUGCGUAUUCUGUCCCUGCGACUUUGGUUAUGUUUUACAGGUCAAGAAUUAAACAACAGAAAGCCUAUGCUAGAGCUUUGAUAUUGUCUUCCAUGCAUUAUUUAUUGAAUCGUCCAGAUGAUUUUCUUCCAGAAUGUAGACUAUUGGCUUUAGAAUUCUGUAAAUUACUUCGACAUCAAGUAACUAAUGAAGAUCCUCUGUAUCAGUCAUGUCGGACUUCUCUCAAACAGUUGGUGGAAAGAAGUAGAUUUAAGAUCAAACUCUUUGAGGAGCCAGAAACAGUGCUGACAAUUUGUUCUUUCCUUUAUGAGAUGACAAGCACAUUAUGCAAGGGUUUGGUUCAGAUCCGCGUAUCAAAUCCAAGUUCACACAUUGAUUCAUUGAAAUUUCUUUUUGGUGAAUUUCAGGCAUUUUCAUGUGUAGUGCGCAAUGCAAUUGGCUAUAUAGACGGUGACGAUGAAGAAACAUUGACAUGGUUUUCAGUCCCAACUAAAGAAGCAUUCAAUCACCUGUCUACAGACAUGGAGGGUCAUCUUCAUGGUUUACUAUUAACAGCAGAACUAUUCGAAACAAGUGGUUGUUUGUGUUCUGUUUCGCAUUUAUAUCUGGACAUUUUGAAAGAAUUGAAUAGCAUUUCUCAACUAUGGGAGAGUGAAAGGGAGCAGUUUCGGCUUUUAUUGAAGAGGCAGCAGAGUUCAUUACGACUGAUACUUGAAACAACUACUAGAGAAGAUGAUUAUCACUGGCUGCUUGAGCACAAUGAUGUGAUUGAUUCUGAAUCCAGGAUGCACUUAGUCACCAUGAUGAUGAUCCCCGAGGAAAAAUUACUUGAUGCAGAGUUCUACAAGCCACUCAUUCACUGGUCUAGAUUUCUGGACGAAGAGAUGUUUGAAGCAUUGAAAAAUAAGAAGCUCACCAGUCCUAAAAAGUUGCAGGAUUGGUUAUACAAGUUAUGCCAAGUUAUAUUCAAACCGCAAAAUCUGCUUUUCUUGGCGUGCCCAAAUGAUCCUACGAAGUUCUACCCUAAUCCUGAACUGAAGCUGGAACCAUUGCACUUCGACUGUUUUGAAUUUUCUGGCAAGGUGAUUGCAUUGGCAGUGAUGCAUGAACUACAAAUAGGUGUUGCCUUUCACCGUAUGUUUCUUUUUCAACUGGCGGAAAAGGAUAUUUCUAUAGGAGAUGUAAAAGAUGCAUAUCCUUCUUUUUACAAUAAGAAGGCCAAGGAAUGUUUUCUUGAUGAUGAUCAAAUUCGGAAUGACUUAGUCAACUCUAUCUCUGAACAAAUAUCCUUUUUCAGAAAAGGCUUUGAUAGUGUUUUUGGAAAAUCAAUCGUCCAACUGCUAUCUUUCAAGGGCAUAGAACUUGAAGAUCUUAACCUGGUGCUAAAGGGAAAAUUAAAUCUUGAAUUUAUUUCUGGAGAGAUAACACAUGCGAGUGAUCCUCUGAUGUCUCAGUUCCUGAAGAUUAAUAGACAAGGACUUAAUAUUAACAAGUCAGAGUGGCGAAUGGACCGUAAGAAGACUCUGGGAGGAGGGAUUUCUGGAAACGUGUACAAGGGAUAUGCAGAUGGUGGUUUCUUUUUCGCGGUAAAGAAAAUACGAAUCAAAGACAAAAUUAAGCAAGAAAUUGACAGAAUUCAGCAAGAAGUUAAUUUAUUGUGUCAAUUACGUCAUCCAAAUAUAGUCAAAUACUAUGGUACUGAGGAGGAUAAGUCAGGGGUCUAUAUUUUUCUUGAGCUUGUAAGCACAGGUUCCCUCCGACAAGUAUAUAAAAGUUUUAAAUUGAAAGACUCCCAAGUCUCCUACUACACCAACCAGAUACUAGAAGGUUUGAAGUAUCUCCAUGAGCGAAAGGUAGUUCACAGAGACAUCAAAUGUGCAAAUAUAUUAGUGGAUGAGAAAGGAUGCGUGAAAAUUACAGAUUUUGGAUUGGCAAAAGUGACAGAAUUAGUUCCUCUUUUGAAGUCUCGCCAUGGGACAAUAGACUGGAUAGCUCCAGAGGUUAUGAAAAAGGACAAAGAGUAUGGAGUUGAAGCUGAUAUUUGGAGCCUUGGCUGCACUGUCUUGGAGAUGUUAACUGGGAAUUAUCCAUACUCUCAUGUGAAUGAUUGGGAUGCAAAUCUAGAAUUGGAGGUUGAAAAAGGGACACUUCGAAAUCAUCUUCCUAAUUAUUCUCUGUCAGAGAAUGCGCGAGAUUUUAUCAUGAAGUGCCUGCAAGUUGAUCCAAAAAAGCGUCCUACUGCUUCUCAGCUUUUGAAUCAUCUGUUUGUGAAGGAUUCUGGCUGUUAGCAUUUCUCAAAUUUCUUUUCAGCUUGAAUGGUGUGAACAAAUGUUCAAUGUUUUAUGAGCUUUUGUUCACGUUUACUUCCUUCAGAAAAAAAAAAAAAAGGUAGCAGAUUUAUUCAUGAACUUGCAGUGAAUCGCUCAUUUUGUAACAUCAUGUUUUAAGGUUGGUGUAUGUUGUGCUUCAUUCUUCUGUGCUGUGUUUGUAAAAGAUUGUUUCUGUGUUGUACAAAUUAAAUGAACAAAAUUAUUACAAUA